CAAAGAUGUGGUAUAUUGCACCUGCUCCACCUGUUACUGAAAUUCCCUCUGCAGAAGAGUUACAGAAGGAACUGGAGAAAAAAACAGUCUACAAUCAUAUGGGAGAGAUGCAGCACAAGAAGUCUAUGCAACAGUGCAAGAGAAAUACUGAGGAAGUAAAUGAGAAAUCACAAGCACCUGUUCUCUGUGAUAUAGCUUCUAAAAGAGAAGUAUUCCAGUUAAGUUUAGGAGAAAGGAAUAAAACUGAUUUUCAGUGUGAAAAUCUGAAAAUGGUUUCAUCAUUUCUCUCUUCUGAUGAAGAUAAAGAUAAAAAGGGAAUUGGGGCUUAUCAGCAACCUAGUGCAAAUAUUUCACAAAAUAAAAUAUUAAUUAAUUUUCCAGACAACAGUGAUGAUGAGAGUAUCCAUUCAGCAUUAAGGAAAAGAUUAUUUAAAAUACCUGAUUUUAAGGAUAGUUCCAUUGAUACAAAAGAAAUUGUUACUUAUUUGAAAACAAGUGAAAACAUGAGACACAUGAAAAAAGAAGACUUACUGAGACAUAAUCAUCAUAUUCCAGUAACAAAGGACUCUGAUUUUACCCUAUGUAGCAUAAGCGAUGGGGACUUCGCUCCUAAAAGUAGAAUUAACAUAAAAUCAUUUUCUGGUGUUUCAAAGAUUCUGGAUAUGAAAGAAACUGCAGAAAGAAAUUUGGAAAUUUUGAGGGCUGUUACAGAAAUCCCGACCCAGUUUAGAAGUAUUUUUAAGGAGUUUCCUUAUUUUAACUACGUGCAGUCUAAAGCACUGGAUGAUCUUCUUUAUACAGAUAGAAAUUUUGUGAUUUGUGCUCCAACUGGCUCUGGAAAAACUGUAAUGUUUGAGCUAGCUAUUACCAGAUUACUAAUGGAAACCCCAAUGCCUUGGUUAAAUACUAAAAUUGUAUACAUGGCUCCAAUAAAAGCUUUAUGCAGUCAGCGUUUUGAUGACUGGAAAGAAAAAUUUGGACCCAUAGGACUCAACUGCAAGGAACUGACAGGAGAUACAGAGAUGGAUGAUCUAUUUGAAAUACAGCAUGCUCACAUUAUUAUAACUACACCUGAGAAAUGGGAUAGCAUGACUAGAAGAUGGAGAGACAACUCUAUAGUGCAGCUUGUGCGACUGUUCCUCAUUGAUGAGGUGCACAUUCUGAAGGAUGAAAGUCGUGGCGCAACACUAGAAGUUGUUGUCAGUCGGAUGAAGACUGUUCAGUCUUCUCUUUUGCGUCUUUCAGAGAGUCAUGACACUGUUUCUUCCUUGAGAUUUGUAGCAGUUUCUGCAACAAUUCCAAAUGCUGAAGAUAUCGCAGAAUGGCUUUCAGAUGGUAAGAUGCCUGCUGUAUGUCUAAAAAUAGAUGAAGAUCACCGACCUGUGAAGCUACGCAAAGUUGUGCUUGGUUUUCCAUGCAGUGACAGUCAGACAGAAUUCAAGUUUGACUUAACUCUUAACUACAAGAUAACUAGUGUUAUACAGACAUAUGCUGAACAAAAACCAGCACUUGUGUUUUGUGCAACAAGAAAAGGAGUUCAACAGGCUGCUUCUGUUCUUGCAAAAGAUGCUAAAUUUCUAUUGAGUAUAGAACAGAAACAAAGAUUACAGAGGUCUGCAAAUUCAUUGAAAGAUGCCAAACUAAGAGAUCUUUUGAUGUAUGGUGUGGCUUAUCAUCAUGCGGGUAUGGAGCUAUCUGACAGAAAAAUAAUUGAAGGAACUUUUACUGUAGGAGACUUACCAGUGCUCUUUACUACGAGUACCUUAGCUAUGGGAGUCAAUCUGCCUGCACACCUGGUGGUAAUAAAGUCCACAAUGCACUACGCUGGAGGAAUGUUCCAGGAGUACAGUGAAACGGAUAUUCUGCAGAUGAUUGGGAGAGCAGGAAGGCCUCAAUUUGACACCACAGCUACAGCAGUUAUCAUGACUCGUUUGAGUACAAGGGAUAAGUAUAUACAGAUGUUAAGUGGUGCUGAUAUAAUAGAGAGCAGCUUGCACAGGCAUCUUGUUGAGCAUUUAAAUGCAGAAAUAGUGCUGCAUACCAUCACAGAUGUCACUGUAGCUUUGGAAUGGAUACGGUCAACAUUUUUAUACAUUCGAGCUUUAAAAAAUCCGACUCAUUAUGGUUUUUCAUCUGGAUUGGAUAAAACGGGAAUUGAAGCAAAAUUACAAGAAUUGUGUUUGAAGAACUUAAAUGAUUUAUCAUCUUUUGAUUUGAUCAGGAUGGAUAAAGCAAAUAAUUUCACAUCAACAGAGACUGGAAGAUUAAUGGCAUGGUAUUACAUUGCCUUUGAUACAGUAAAACAGUUUUUCACAAUUAAAGGAACAGAGACUUUAGAUGAACUGGUUACAAUGAUCUCCAGCUGCACAGAAUUUCUAGAUGUCAAGUUAAGAACAAAUGAAAAGAAAAUACUGAACUCUCUGAAUAGAGAUAAGAACAAGAUAACUAUCAGGUUUCCAAUGGAAGGGAAGAUAAAAACAAGAGAAAUGAAAGUAAACUGUCUUAUUCAGGCUCAGCUGGGAUGCAUUCCUAUUCAAGACUUUACUUUGACACAAGAUACUGGCAAAAUAUUUAGAAGCGGCAUAAGAGUUACUAGAUGGCUAGCUGAUUUUCUGGCUUCACGUAAAAAUAACUUUUAUGCAUUGUUAAACUCCCUGGUUUUAGCCAAGUGUUUCAGAUGCAAACUUUGGGAAAAUUCGCUGCAUGUGUCUAAACAGUUGGAAAAAAUUGGUGUAUCACUGUCAAAUGCUAUGGUAAAUGCUGGGCUGACCUCAUUUAAAAAAAUAGAAGACAUAAAUGCAAGAGAGCUGGAAUUGAUUUUAAACAGACAUCCUCCGUUUGGAAACCAGAUAAAAGAAUCUGUGUUGCAUCUUCCAAAAUAUGAACUUGACAUUGAACAGCUUGCAAAAUACAGUGAUACAUUGGCUGAAAUCUUAGUAACCAUCAAACUCACAAACUUUGAACAGCUACAGACAAAGAGAACUGCAUCAGACUUUCACUAUGUAACGUUGCUCAUAGGCGAUGCUGACAAUCAAGUCAUUUUUAAACAGAAAAUUAUGGAUUCUGUAUUGCUGAAAACAGGAAAUUGGACUAAGAAAAUUGAAGUGAGGAGAGCGGUCAGAUCAGAGGACUUCAGUAUAAACUUAAUUAGUUCUGAUUAUGUUGGCCUUGAUGUACAGCAAGCAUAUACAGCAUUUUACUUGGGACCAAAAACACUGGGAAGUAAAAUGAUUGUAAAUCAAAAACUUAAAGAUGAUUCUUCUCUCAGUACAUAUCAUGGCUCACCACAAAGACUGCCAUCAUCAAAAAUAAAUACAGGAGGCAAAUCUAAACAGGAGAAUGACUGCAGGAAAUACGGGAACAGAGAAUGCAACCAUCAUUGUAAAAAUAAAGAUGAGUGUGGACAUGACUGCUGUAAAACUGGAGUGUCCCCAAAGUUGGAAAUGAAGAGGGAUUCAAAGUUUUCUUUGUACCUGGCUGAUUUAAGGAGCAGGAACUCUGUUUCAUCUGUACCCCCAGUAAAACGAUUAAAGAUGCAGAUGCUAAAUCAGUCUCAGAAUGUGGAUCUCACACAAUUUGUUUUUACACCCAAAUCUUUAAUGCCAGCAUUGCCAAGAUCUGACAAGAAACCAUCAUCUUUAUGGCCUUCAGUAGAUCAAGAAGAUAAUGUUAAUAUGGUAGGAAGAUCUCCAAAACCACCACAAUCCUGGAAUUAUGGAAACAAUAAUACUUUGAAUAUUAGCUUUGAAUUGGGAAAUGAUGUUUGGGAUGAUUUUGAUGAUGAGAAAUUAGUAUUGGCUAGCAAUGUUUCCAGUAGAGAUUUAGAAUUAUCAAAUAUUCACCUUGAAAUUACAGAUGAAUGUGAACCACUUUGCCAGUACACAAGAAGUAGAGUCACAAGUGACAUUUCAAAACAUUCUUGCACAUUACAAGAUGAGACCAAUACCCAGAAUUCAGCUGUUUCUGUGUUUAGUGGCCCAUCAAAAGAGAAAUUGUCCAUACAAAGUGGAAAUAUAAAUAUGUUCAGUUUUCAAGAAAAAGAGCAUUCAAAACCUUCACAAGAGUUCAAAAACAUACAGUGUUCUUCGAGCUCAGAAAUAAUCUCAGACUCUUCUAAGUUCAGUAGGAAAGGAGAUUUUUUUAUUUGCACAAGAGAACCAGAAAAAAAAAUGGAUUCCAGAUAUUGUCCUGAUGAUGAAACCAAUGAUGUCAAGCCCUUUCUUGGAAUAUUUGAUGACAUUUUCUGAUACAUGAAAUAUAUUGUAAGUGCU